AGAUUUAAUAAUAAAAAUAAAACAAUUUGCAUGAGAGUUUGUUCUUUAAAACAUUUUCUACAAUGGGUAAAUAAAUACGCCAGAAGAACGGUAAACGUAUUAGAAUAUAUGUAAAGAUUGUAAAAGAAAUUCAAGAAGAAAAGGCAAACGGAACACAAAGGAAUAAAAAACCAUUUAAAAUUGUUUUAUAAACUAAGCUUUGAGAAAAAUCUCACCACUUUCAUCGUGAUGGAUGUUGUAGUUCUCAAAAAGGAUAUCGCUCGUUUGGUUUGGGACUAUUUGAAAACGGAAGAAUUGGAGAAGGCUUCGCAUGUAUUUUGCAAAACUUCGCCAUUCUUAGAACAAGAAUACACAGCUUUUAAAAAAUGUUUACUAACCCAUUCGUUCUUUCCUAAACUGGAGGAGAUAAUAUGUGAAUAUGUGAACAUAUCAAUUAAAGUUGAGCAAUUGUGGCCGAAGUUUACAGCAAUUGUAGAUUUCGACUCGCAGAAAUAUAAGCUAUCGGAUAAAGUCAUUGCAAUUUUAGAAGAUUGUGAGUUGACUUUAUCAACUCGGUUUGGGGAUGAACCUAGUACCUCCAAACAUUUGAUGCCUAAAUGUUCAAGGUUAAGCAGCGGCAAAGAGAGCAACAAAGGAAAAACUAAUGCGAAUCCUAGUCGUAAAAGAAGACUAGAAGCUUCUUUAAAUGAAAAUUCGAUAAACCGUGAAAGUUAUAAGCGACGCCGGAUUUCGGAACCUUAUUGCUUCCUUAUUCCAAGAAGUGCACAACAACAUCGAAAUGAAAUAAAUAGAGGACAUGAUGAGGAGAGCUGCUCAACAAGCAGUAUCGAGAACUUGAAGGAACUGACAAGUGAAGAGCUUAGUGAUACUGAUCAACAGGGUGAGAACCAUAAGUUGACUAAAGAGAAACAUGAGAACGAAUCAACCCCCCUUGGCAAGUCAACAAAGAAAGCUACUAUUUCAACUCCCAUUUUACCGGAUAUUUCAGACGUUAUUUUACAUAAUUCUGAAUUUCAACAAAAGCUCGCGGAUAAUAUUAAUCAGGUACUGAACACUUCUGUUAAUAACAAUUCGGAGUCGAUGCGUAAGACUGAAGGUAAUGAGCCAGCGAAAACUGAUUCUCCAAAUAAUAAUGCAAAUUAUGAAACCGAGCCUCAAAUUCUGCCUAGCCAAGUAUUGGAUAAUAUGGUGAAAGAUAUAUUGGAAGCUACCGAAAACGAUCCCAGCUAUGAUACCAUUGUUGAAGAAUGCAUAGAAGCAUGGACUGCACGCCCUCAAACGCAAACAAUUGCUGUACAAUGUAACAUGCCCGGGACACAAUCUCUUUAUGCCUCCACUGAACCCCCACCAUUGGUGCCUACUCAAUCGUUUGCACACCUAAGCUAUCCACAUUGUUCGGAUGUUUUAAACAUAUCGACGCAUAACGCACCGCCUCGUACUCCGUUAAUUAUACGUACAGCAGUGACAGCAGCUACGUCUAAUGCAACAUCUUCGAACGCCCAGGAAAAUAAUCAGUUAAUAUCCAAUAAUUCAUUUGGAUCACUGAUAGAUCCAAAUUUUUCUGUAUCGAAAUUGAUUGUUUUAAAUUCAAACGAGAGCGCUCAAAAGCAUCAACAACAAUCACAGCAACCGCACUUGGGAAUCGCCAGCAACGAUAAUCAGAUAUUGAGUCAAGUAACUUGCUUACCGCCUUCUGUUAAUAGCAUAACUGAAAGUACAGAUGAUCAAUUGUAUUUUGAUUCGGCCACUGGACAGUUAACAUUUCCAGUGUACUUAGCUAAUGACGCUGUAAUAACGAAUUUCUUAUUUAAUAAUGAAAUAGUCGGGCAGCAAUUACAGACUAAUAGUAGCUUAGCCGAGGAUUCCAUGGCAUUACCUGAGCCUGUUGUUGAUAUGCAAUUAAAUUCGAUCGACGAUCAAAACAAUCAAGCGACGAAUAUCAAAAAAGAUAAAGGUAUCGUUAAAUCGAGUGAACCGCCAUCUUCUGCAAACAGUUAUCUAUUGGGAAACAAGACAACCCCCGCAUGUGGCAUUAUCAAUCCGAAAGCCUGCAAAAGUUUAUCAACGCCACGCAAAAGAGCGUCACAUGUACGUACGUUGACUUUUUCGCCUAGGGGCCCACAGCUUGGCUUGGGUACCUUAAUGACACCUUUGUCUACACGUAGGGAGCAUUUAAACCGUUUCCAAAGAACUUUCAGUAUAUCAAAUCGACAAGAUGUCAAUGUUGAGCAUGUUAAAGAAGAUGAUAAAAUACUAUCUAAUUCCAAGGCAGAUACUUCGAUGGCCGUACCUGAAAAACCGAUUAUAAAAAAUGUGGAAAUUUUACCUACUAUAUCGGCAACGUCUAAUCAUAUCGUUAAUGAAAAUAGUUCGAGCAGUUGCAACGUACCACCACUGUUCAUUCACGAAGAGAGCAGUAAUCAGACGGUUAUAAACGGAGAAGAAUCGAAACUGGCCGAAAAACGCACCUCCAUAAAAUCGGAAGCAAAUUCGACAAUUGAUAAUACUCCUAAACGCCAACAAUCACGUAAGAAUGCUGUCAGAGCAUGUAAAAGGCAAAUUCCUCCAACGUCUCGAGAAGUCAUUAAGAAAGGCAAGGAUAAUACGAUUUCAGGCGAAACUAACAACAAACUAGAGAGCGAGGAAACGAAAUCCAAAAAUUUUGAGAUUGGAGCGGUAGAAGAAUGGCGUCGUUUACGUAACGUACGUAUUAACAAUUUCGAUAUGCAUAUACGCGAAGAGAACGCCAAAAUGUCUGAAUUGAAACCCGGACGUAAAAUAAGCACGAAAAGAAGAAUAAGACGCAGAAAGUCCGCUGCUCUCAAGAGAAAAGAAAAGCAAAUAGCUGCAAUGGCAGAAGAAUCGAUAGAAUUUGACCAAUUGGAUAGUAUGGACGGUAAAAUUGACGAGUAUGCGGUGAACAAGCAACGUGAAAAUGAAAGAAGCGUCAAUGUAAAUGAAAGUCACUUUAAAAUUGCAAAUCAUUCUCUGGACGGCUCUACUGAAAUAUUGGAUAAGAACGAGCAUAAAUCCCAAAUUAAAGACAAGCAUAGCAAAUUCAACAUUAAAAUACCAACACCGCAAAAAGCCAAAGAAAGUGAAAAAAGUAAAGAGGAGGCAAAGGCAAAAUUAGAAGUGACAGAGGUACAAAUGGAGGCUGACAGUAAACGAUUUGAAGGCAAUACUGUAGAAUAUGAGAAAUCUACUGCCAAUAUUGGUGUCUUGUUAGAAACGCCGUCUAAAGUGCACAGUCCUUCAUAUAUACCGCCUACUCCUGGUAUAUUUGCUCCAUCGUUGAAUACACCGUCAGCCAAACUGAAUGAUGUUAACAAUGCUAUGAGUGCCUCCGCGUCCUUUUUGUUUGGAUCUAUUACGAAAAGCGAACUCGAUACCCCAUUACUUAAUGCGGUAACGCCAGGAUCUCGUUUUACAACAUUCGGUUUGAAGGAAGGUACGACACCCCCCCGAAAUAACAGUAAUAUUGAGUACUCCUCAGGGGGUGGAUCUUAUUACAAACCAGAUGAAAGCGAAAAUUUAGAUCAAAACAUUGAUCAAUUACUGAAAAAUUCCGGACAAAAGAAACCGCCCUCCCUGAAGCGGCCGAAUGAAGAAGACGAAUCCGUAAAGGUGAUUAAAGGAACCGAGAAAUUAGAACCAGUCGACAAUGUACAAGAAGGAAUUGAAGUUGAAAUAUCGGUAGAAAAAUUACGAAUUGAAGCCGAUGUCUUAAAGAGAGUUAAGCCUUUGGGAUCAGAACAAGUUGAAAUAGAAGACAUUGAUCCCCAUUAUACUUUGGCUUCUGGUCUGCCAGAAAUAAGUGCUGCCGAAGAUGAAGAUUCUUCAUCGUCUUCCUCGUCAUCAUCAACAUCGUCGUCGUCGUCUUCUAGUUCCUCAGCAAACACGUCAAGAGAUUCUUCAUCUUCUUCAUCAAGUUCAAAUUGUUCAAAUUGUUCGAAAACUAAGGAAAUUAAGGAGAAAGCUUCAUCCAAUUUAAUUUUAGCAGAUUUAGACAAUUUGUCUAGCAUUAGUAGCACCGAAGGCGACGAAUGGCAAGAGCUACAAUUAAGUGAUAAUGAUGAAAACUCACAGCUUAUCAGCAAUGAGGGUGAAGUGCGUUAUCCGAUACGAAAUUGGUUGACACCGAUUAAGGAAAAUUUUACUACAACCAAUAGGGUAGAUCGGUUUGAAGGUGGCAACUGCUCUCAAGAAAUCGAGAAACAAACCACGAUUAAAGUGACUUUACCGUUAAAAUCAGCAGAGAAGAAACAUAAAGAGUCCAAAGAAUUAGAAAUGAAACGCGAACGUCUCAAGGAAAAGCUUAAAACUGAUGCUUUCAUUCAAAAGAAAGAUCGAGCGAACAGCGGUUCAUCAGCAGCACCCAAUAUUUUGGCAGCGCGGUCUGCAACGCGAAUAAUGCAUGCAAUGCGUGACAAAGGUAAAAAAUCGACCGCCUCACCCAUUCGCACUCCGACUCCCAACAACUCUUAUGAAACCCAAGAGGAUAGCAAACGUUCUAUGGAAGUUUUAACAGCUUUGAAUUUAUCAGCGAAAAAACAAAUCCCGAAAACAGUUGUAUUAAGAUCUGCAAGCAGUAAUGAGUCGAAAAAUAAAAAUUUGCGAUUGCGUUUAAGUCAUUCGAUGACUAAUUCAAAUCAUCCGCCUCAAAGGCGUUGUCUACCUAUAGAAGCACGUCCUGUUACACGCAAUAUAUGCAAAACUCCCGGUAAAAAAUUUGUACGAACUCCACUAUCAUUUAAAAGUGGCCAUCAAACAGUGGCUUUGACGUCUCAAAAAUUAUUAAAUGAAAAGAAGGAAUCGAUUGCAGCCCCAGCAUUGCGAGUAUCACCGCGUUUACGAAAAACAACACAACGUAGCGGUAAGAAGACAAUAAUUGAACCGUCACCGAUUAAAAGUAAGAUAACUGUUAAGGUUAGUAAACCAAAGGUUGCUGUAGUCAAAGUGAAAAAGCCAUUAAAUAACAAGAAAAAAUUAUCUACAAGCAAAGGGCGGAAAAAACAAUUAUCGGAAGAUACGGAAGAUAAUGAUGAUGAUGAUGAUGAUGAUGAAGAUGAAGAUAGGCCUUUAAAGUCGAUGAAAGCGCCGGUUAAGCCAAAAAUUCAUGUAAAAGCGAAAAAUUACAUGAUUUCGCAGAAAAUUAAAAGGGAAUCAGGCAAAAGUGACAAUAAAAUACAAGCGAAAAGGCAAACUCAAAAUAGUGACGAGAGCAAAACAAAGAUAAAAACGGGAACGGGAACGGGAACGGGAAUUGUUGAAAUCAAUGACAAUAACAUAAAUAAAAAAUGUUUAAAUGGAAAGGACACCGCUACUAAUGAUCAUGUUGAUCAAGCAAAAUCUGCCUGUGAUGAUGGCAACAUUGGGAGUUCUUUAAAUGUCGUUGAUGAAGAUGAUGAUAUCCUCGAGGAUUGCGAAUUAGUUAGCAUUGACGAAACUGAUACGAAACGUUUUAUUUGCAUAAAAUAUGAAGGGCCCGAUGAACCGCCGCCGCCUCCAGCCAUAAAAUAUGAUUUGUCCAAUGUAAAAAUGCAUGUAGACAUUGAUCAAAAUGAAAUUCAUACUUGGAGCAUAACUGAAACUAUAUUAUUAUAUAGUUGCGAGCCAAAUUCUUGUUGCGACGAAACACAAAAACUUAAACGAAGCAAAGCUAAAAAGCUUAAAAAGGUGCGUAUUAACGACGAGCGUGGUAAAGAAGCUGAUGGAAAACAAGUAUGCUUUCCGAAAUCUCGAACACCAAUUGCUACCUCAACACCUGUACUUGCUCGAAAGAAUAGCAGCAAAACGCAAUUAACGUCACAAAAUGAUACUUGCAAGCAGCAACGUGAAGGAAGGGAAACAUCGGAUGCUGAGGCUAAGAAUGGAUGUGCAAAGGAAUGUAAUAAGAGUGUGUCUCCAAAAAUGCAAACCAUAGACAUUGAAACUAUAUUAUCGCAUAUACAUGGAAGUUAAAUUUGUAAAUACCGUCAAUCAUUCAUUAUUUACUCCGUGUAAAUGCGUAAUAAAUACAUAAAUGUGCACAUAAGAAUUCAUACUCACUGAACUUGAUUUAAGCAAAAUAAUUUGUACAGAUCAUCAUCAUCAUUAUUAUUAAUUAUUAGUAUGUAUUCGAUCUCUUGAUCAUCCUAUAAUAUUUUAAAUCGUUGUAGGCGUAGCAAAAUGGACGUUUGUUUUAUCCAAACGCGAACAUGUUCAGAUUUUUGGUAAAUACAUGAUUGUAGCGAUCAUCUGAUAUAAGUAACAUAUAGCAAAGGGGCUCCUUAAGAGAGAGAGAGAGAGAGAGAGAGAGAGAGUAUUCAUAAACAAAUCUUGAACAAACGUCCAAUAUUUGAUGAUAUGUAUGUAAUAAAUAAGCUGUUCAAAAUUAUAAAAAAGCUAAGAAACAAAAUGA